GAAUUCCCUCAUGCAGGAGUUUGCACUGGAUGCCUUUACAAAGCUGGAUACUCUGGGAGCAGCGUGGGCUGAUGGAGCGUGAACCAGCCCGGGCGAUCUUUACGAGCUGAAAUCCUGCACCUCGCAGAAGGAAAUGUGCAUGUAACUUUCUCUGGAGGAACCGAGGAUUUUUGUAGUUUGGUCUCGUAGCAUUUUAAAACUGAGACACCAGUAGAGUCUUUUCGGCAGGGAUGAGUGAGUGACGAGGCGGAGUUCCUGUGCAUGCACAUGGACACGACACGCAGCUAGCGCUUGUGGCCCAAGCCCCCAGGUGGGACCAGACCCACACUCCUGCGCUCCUUAUGGGGUUGACUGCAGAAUCACGUUACCCGCUACCUAAGCUGUCUGUGGCUGACCUUAUAGUUUGCGGAUAUGGUCCUGCACCAGGCUUCGCGCACAGACAUUCAGUCCUGAUUGAGCCCAAGGCUUACUAGCAGAAGCAGACCGAGAUCCCCAGCUGCGGACUGGACCCCUGACCGCCCUGCAACAUCGGGGCUGCAGCGCUGCAGAGUUACUAUGCAGCUUGGACUCUUUGUGGCGGUGGUUUUUCUAAGCUCCAUGGAUCUAACAGGCAGCAGCAAAGUGCUCAAGGGCAAGAGGCAAAGACGAAUUAGCGCUGAGCUCAGCCAGGGCUGCGCGAGAGGCUGCGACCUGUGCUCCGAGUUCAACGGGUGCCUGAGAUGUUCCCCCAAGCUCUUCAUCCUGCUGGAGAGGAACGACAUCCGACAGAUCGGGAUUUGCCUGCCAUCUUGUCCACUGGGAUACUUUGGCCUUCGCAAUACGGACAUGAACAAGUGCAUCAAAUGCAAAAUUGAGAACUGUGAGUCCUGUUUCAGCCGAAACUUUUGCACAAAAUGUAAGGAAGGUUUGUAUUUGCACAAAGGGAGAUGCUACGUCACGUGCCCCGAAGGCUACUCGGCUGCCAACGGCACCAUGGAGUGCGGCAGUCCUGCGCAGUGUGAGAUGAGCGAGUGGGGCCCCUGGGGGCCCUGCUCCAAGAAGAGGAAGCUGUGCGGCUUCAAGAAGGGCAACGAGGAUCGGACGCGGAGGAUCCUGCAGGCCCCCGCCGGGGACGCGUCCCUGUGUCCCGCCACCACGGAGGUGCGCAGAUGCACCGUGCAGAAGAGCCAGUGCCCCGAAGGGAAAAGAAAGAAAAAAGAGGAGCAAGGAAGGCAAGACAACGCGAAUGGAAGCAGAAAUCGGAAAGACACCAAAGAUGCUAAGUCUGGCACCAGGAAGAGGAAGAGCAAGCAGAGGGGGGCUGCGCUCCUCGCGACGCCUGCUAGCCCUACCCAAUAGCUGCCCCUUUACGUCGCCCGAGGGCAAGACUUCGUUGCUGCUAUGUAUAUGAAAGCUUUAUUGAACCGGAGCACUGCUACACAGCACGUACACAUGUUCAGACAGACAGACAUCUAUCCCAGACGCGCUCACAGACCCGGCAGGAACCACGCCCGCAGGUACUUGGGGAGGCUGCAGACGCGCAGCGCGGGGCCGCCCGGGCAGCCCUCCGCCACGGGGCUGCGGGGGGACGCGCCGGUCCCGCGGGACGCCGCGCGGCAGAGGCGCGGGGUGGGUCAGAGCCAAGAGCACGGGCGCGAGGACUCGCGACAGAGUGCCUCGCUCAAGAUCAGCCGCGCAGCCCCGGCACAGAGCGGCUCCCGCCAGGCGGACGAGGCUGGAAUUGAAUUUCUGCGCUUCCAAAUCACGGAGUCCUGCAAAGGCGGCGGCCUCGUUCUCUUCCCCCCAUCCUUUAUUUUGUGUUUUAAGCUGUAUGACUUUAUCAUUGAGAAUACAUGUUAAACGUUUGUGAUAAGAGGUCAGUGGUAUCUGCCCUGAAUCUGCUUC